AUGUAUGGAUUAUUUACCGAAACAGACAAAAAUGAUUCAAAUAUUCAAAUUUAUCACAAUAUUAAAUUUCCAUUAGAUGAUAUUAUAGAUGUUUUGCAUCCACUUUUUGGUACAAAAUAUCCUUUUCAGGAAAUGAUUUAUACAAUUUAUACAGUCCAUCAUAUUUUUGGUGCAUAUGAUAGACAACAAGGCCGUUGUAUUGCUUGUGCAUUGAUCAAUAAUGUUAGCAACAAUUCAGGUCUUUAUAUAAUGUUAUUCGGUGUACAACAAUCAAAUCAAGGUCAUGGUAUAGGUACACAUUUAUUGGAAGCAAUCAUUCAAUGGGCACGGGAAAAAGGAUAUAGAUUUAUAAAUUUACAUGUACAUAUUGAGAAUUAUAAAGCAAUCGGUUUAUAUGAAAAAUCUGGUUUUCGAAAAAGUCAAUAUAUACCAAAUUAUUAUGCUCAUUUACAAAUAAAUCCACCGCAUGCUUUUCGAAUGGAUUUACCCUUAUGA